AUGUUCCAUGACAUAACUGUCAUUUUAUAAUGACUUUACUUUAAAAUAUAAUUUUAAAUUUUUUUAUCAUAUACAGUUUGAUAAUAUAUUUAUAUCAAAAAUGAAUAGACAUGCAGACUUUUCAAAUCCACUAGAAAUAGGUCAACAGCUGUCCAGUAAUACACAAGACCCAGUUAAAUAUCUUAGCAGAAGAUCGAUCCAACUAUCCAACCAAGACAUCCAGUUAGAUGAUCUUAGGGAACCGCCUACAACUCCUAAUGAUUUAAUUCCUGAUUUCGAAGUUACCAGAGUUCCACAAAUUUUUCCGAAACUCAGUACAGUUAGUCUUCCUCUGGUCAGAGAGAUUGGUGUAAAGGAAUCGAUAAAAGUGCUUGCCGAAAUAUAUAAUUGUAAAAAAUACAAACACAAUUUGGUGCAAUUUUGGUUCCUCGACUUUAUGACAGAUUGUUUAUGGAAGGUGCAAGACGAGUUUCAGUUUCCCGAUGAACAUCAGAAAAUUAUUUUAGAAUGGGUGUCGUACGCUUUCAAUUUAAUAAGAGCUCCUCAUCUGAAUCUACCAAGAAAACAAAUUUUCAAAAUAUUUAGCGAAGCUUUAAGCAUAGCAGAAUUGUUCAUUGAAACUGGAUGCGAAUAUCUGCCUUUACCGGGAGACUUGUUUACUUUAAGCGAUACUGUCAAACCUCCUGACAAGCCCAGUGGUUCUUCUUCAAGUUCAAUGGACGAUCCAAAGAUAACACCUGAAGUCGCCAGAAAUAACAGCUAUUUGGCUAUAGAGUUGGAUGACGGCGUUAGAUUUUUCGAUUUGCCACAGAAAGUCUUUCCUUGGGAUACUGAUGAUGAGUGUUUAAGCUCUACCGUUGAAACUGUAUCAGAAAACGAAAUUGUAAUUGUAAAACCAGAAAACUCUGACAACCAAAUUGCAGAAGAUAUUUCUCCUGAUUUUGACCAAGCCAAUGCUUUAAUGUUUGAAGAUUUCUACAAACCGGACCUAUCGACUCCAUCUAGGUUUGCACAUUCUGAAGAUUCGUCUUUUAGUGAUUCUGUGUCCUUUUCGUAUGAAAGCGAGAGCAUUGAUUUGGAGGAAGAUGAUGACGAAGGGACUGCAGGUCCACCAACGUGGGUAUUGUCCAAGAAAAAGGCUCCGGACGCUCCAUGUCCUAGUAAGUUAUUUGAAAUGAAGCCGGAGGAAAAGAAAAGAAGUGAGAAAAAGAAAGAAGAGGAAGCCAUUCAGAGUUGGUAUGACUACCAUUUGUGGCAAAUCAGAAAAAAAUCAAUGAAUGAUUCAAGCCUGGGUUAUUUGUCGUCAGAAGAGAAGAUCGAUCCCAAAAAAAGUCCAGACACUCAAAAAACGAACCAGGUACAAUCUGAAUCGAAUGCAAAUGCAUUGGCUAAUUUGACAGAAUAUAUGAGAAUGAUUCACGAUUAUAUGAAGGAACUAAGAGAACACAGAUUUGUUAAUACUUGCGUCAUUAUGGCUAUUAGAGAAAUUGUGUAUGACUAUUUUUACGAUUCGUUUCAAUUCUCCGCCAUAAAAAUGGUUUAUCGCUAUCCCCAUCUUUUAUAUACUCAAGGAUUGAACAAAGAAUGGCACACUCCAAAGAAGAUUAAAACAGAACUCAAACGACCGAAACCUAAAAAGAAGAAAGUGGAAAAACCCAAGAAAGAAAAGCCGCCGAAAGUUGAAUCGGCUCCACCACCGAAAAAAGAGAAGAAAACUACCAAAAAAGAAUCUCUCGAACCAGAAGUUGCGCCGAAAGGUGAAAAAACUGAAAAAGAUCACGAAGAAGAGAAAAUAGAAUUAGAGAGAAUUAACGAAGAAAAGGAGAAGCUGAAAGAAUUGGAAAGAAUAGCUGAGGAAAAUAGAAUGCUAGUUUUUCCUUUAACAGAUGCCGUAGACGAAACGUUCUUUUUAAAUUUAUUUCCUUCUAAGCAAAAGAAAAAAGGAAAAUAAUUAAGAAUAGUAUAUCAUUUUGAAUUAUAAAGAUUGUGGUUUAUAUGUAGAAU